AUGAAUCAGAAAACAUCAUAUAAAUUAUUAUUGGAUACCAAGCCUUCAAAAAUACAAAACCAUGUAAAUGAUUGUUUAGAAAAAAUGAUAAUGGGGGAAGUAGAAAUAAUUGCAAGAAAUUAUGCAAUACCUAAAGCUUUUAGUGUACUAGAAGUUUUAAAGACUAAAGUUCCAGAUUUAAAUUAUUCCAUAAAAUAUAAUAACUUAGAGGCUACUGGGCCAGAUAGGAGACAGUUGCUCGAAAUCAAUAUAUCCGUUUCGUUCAAAAAAUAA